AUGCGUACUUCAACACUUGCGUGGGCCGCCGUCACGGCCCUCUCUGCCCUCGUCGAGGCUGCCGACCUCGAGGCAUGGAAGUCUAGAUCCAUUUACCAGGUCAUGAUUGAUCGUUACGCCCAUACCGAUGGCUCAACCGAUCACGAGUGUGAGCUUUACAAGUUCUGUGGUGGCACAUGGGCCGGCUUAACCAACAAGCUCGACUACAUCCAAAACAUGGGCUUCACUGCUAUUCAGAUCAGCCCCAUCGUCAAGAACAUGGACGAUGACACCGCCGUCGGUGAGGCUUACCACGGUUACUGGUCCCUCGACAACUACGCCCUCAACGACAAGUUCGGUACCGCGGACGACUUCAAGAACCUCGUCAAGGAGAUGCACAACCGUGACAUGUACCUCAUGGUCGAUGUCGUCGUCAACAACAUGGUCCAGAAGCUCGACAGCCUGCCCCCUAAGCUCGACUACUCCAAGUUCAACCCCUUCAACGAGGAGUCCGACUUCCACCCUUACUGCAACGUCACCGAGUGGGACAACAGCACCAACUACCAAGACUGCUGGCUCUACCCCUACGGCGUUGCCCUCGCCGAUUUGGCCACCGAGAAGACGGCCGUCGUCGAUGAGUUUGGCAAGUGGAUCAAGGAACUCGUCUCCAACUACUCUAUUGAUGGUCUCCGUAUCGAUGCCGCCAAGCACGUCAACGAUGCCUUCCUGCCUACAUUUGUCAACGCCUCUGGCGUCUUCGCCUUCGGUGAGGUUCUGACCGGAGCUCCCGCCGACUUCUGCCGCUACCAGACCCUGAACCUGUUGCCCGGCAUGCCCAACUACAUCGAGUACUACCCCCUGAACAAGGUCUUCUUCGGUGGUGACAUGAACGAGCUCGCCGACUGGCGCUCCCAGGCCCGCGAUGGCUGCACCGACAUCUUCGCCCUCGGAUCGUUCGUCGAGAACCACGACAUGCCCCGUUUCGCCGUCUACGAUGAGGAUAUUGAGCUUGCCAAGAAUGCCAUGGCUUACAUCCUUUUGACUGACGGUAUCCCCACCGUCUACCAGGGACAGGAGCAGCACUUCAACGGUAACUCGACUCCCUUCAACCGUGAGCCCCUCUGGCAAUCCAAGUACGACACCACCGCGCCCAUCUACCAGCUCACCUCCACCCUCCUCAAGACCCGCAAUGCCCUCCAGGCCACCAACAAGGACUUUGCCACCACUGCCUCUGAGCAGCUGUUCGUCGAGAACACCCACUUGUGCCUGCGCAAGGGCCCCGCGGGCGCUCAGGUCGUCUUCUGCGUCACCAACAAGAGCUCCAAGGGCGACACCUACCAGCUCAGUGUUGGCGGCUUCAACCCCGGCGAUGCCGUCGUUGAGGUUACCACCUGCGGCACCAGCACCGCCGACGGCACCGGCAACGUCACCCUGUACAUGGAGAAGGGCGAGCCCCGCGCCGUCGUCCUUGCCUCCUCCAUUGACGCCACCAAGAUCUGCCCCAACGGCACCACUGCCGCUGGCCAGAGCAAGAGUGCGGCCGGCUUCAUCGGCAGCAGCAUGACCCUGGUCCUGGCUUCCGUCAUGGCCGUUUCUUUUGCGCUCCUCGCAUAA